AUAGAGACAAUCCCAAACAGUCUAGCGUCGGGAAAUGAUUGGUUUAACACCGAUCCGAUAAGACUUGCGACAACUUUGAUGUUACGUCCGUCCUACUGAGGGUCUAUUUACUGGAGACGGAUUAAUUUCAAGAUAUAAAAAUAUUAAGCAACUUUCAAGAACUUUUCGACUCUUCGACUUUUUGACUUUUCUGUGCCUUGAAAACACCAAGAAAUUAAAAAGGUUAUCGUACUACCACUCGUAGGCGAAAAUGGUGCGACCGAGGCGCUCAUCCGCUGCAAGUGAUGAAAGUGCCAGUACGACCAGAGAUCAGGUUUGUUUUCUACCUCCUCUUUCGUUUUUAGAACAACCAUGCAGAUAUACAGAACGAGAGACAAAAUGAAAGACACAUUAUACCAAUACUAAUGGAUUUUCAGGAAUUAGGUAGUAUGUACGAUUAUUUGGCUAAGAUUAUACUCCUAGGACCAAGUGGAAGCGGCAAGUAUGUUCCACUUUCCGUUUGUCUUUGAUGAGUGGGAUGUUUAUGGGAAUGGGAGGAAUAUGAUAUUGAUGUCGCAUAGAUCAUGUCUAUUACAUCGUUUUGUCAAAAAUGAAUGGAGAAUUUUAUCUUCUCAGACUAUUGGCGUAGAAUUCGCAAGCAAGAUUAUAAGAGUGGGCAGCGGCAGUCGACGGAAGCGUAUUAAGCUUCAGGUAUUUCCCUCUCCCGCGUCUUCUCGUCGCUCCUCAAGGCUAACCAUAUAAAAGCUAUGGGAUACAGCAGGCACUGAACGAUUUCGCUCUGUAUCGCGCUCUUAUUAUCGUGGCGCCGCAGGUGCAGUCUUAUGUUACGAUAUCACAAACCAUAAUUCCUUUACUGGAUUACCUACCUUUCUCAACGACGCCCGAGCGCUGGCUUCCCCAAAUCUUACACUACUACUCGUGGGCAAUAAGACUGAUCUUUCGGAGUCCAAUGGCGAUUUAAUAGAUACAUCUGUACCACCGGAAACACCAUCCAGCAUGAAUAGCAAAAACUCCUCAUUUCCAUAUACUGCCGGGGGAUCUGUGAAUUCGAGUUCGGGAUAUAUAGGGAUAGGAUCACAGUUGAAAGCAAGUGUAGCGCCGGAUGGACGGGAAGUUAGUGCAGAAGAAGCAUCAAGAUGGGCUAGUUCCGCGAAUAUACCAGUUUCGGUUGAGGUUUCUGCGUUAUCCGGAGACAAUGUCGAGGAGGUUUUUAAUAGGUUGGCGAGGAUGAUAUUGACGAAGAUAGAGUUGGGAGAGAUUGACCCGGAUGAUCCGAUGAGUGGAAUACAAUAUGGGGACGGAGGGAGAUGGGAUACAAAUGCUAGUGAUGGGGCUAGUGUGAAGAGUGGGAUGACGAUCGAGGAUGGGACUGGAAGGAGGAGGAGGAAGGGGAAAAGAGGGCAAAAUUGGGGACUCGGAGGGAUGAGGGAGUGGGAGGAAGUUUUUACAUUACCAGGCCAGAGGAGAAGAAGAGGUGGUUGUUGUUGAUGAAGGGGUUGAAGCGAAGAGAUCUUGCGGAAAGUCAUACCCGAGGAGUGUUUUUGAUGAAUGGAGCCGAGCUCCAUUUAUGCUCUGUAUUGAAUUAAUGCCAGGGCUUGUGGAUAUUAUGAUUAAUUGUAAUGAUAAUUAAUACCCGUUGUUUUAGUUCAUAUACCUUGAGUGGUCAAGGCUCAUGCUAUUGAUAGUGGCAGCUAUCUUAGGGGCAGUACAAGAUGAAUGGCGGCAAUAAUCACGAUAUAUCUCGGGAUAGGUGUCAUAUAGAAAGAUGUUAUCUACGUCAGCAAAAUGCGGGGGGCUUGUGCGUGUGAGGAAG